GGCCGGCAUUCGGCAAUGCGGAGUCAGUGUUGGUCUGCCGUUUCUUUCGGUCGUUCGUGUUAUUUUCUCUUUCUUGUCGCCGCUGCUCGAAAAGUACGUGCGUUUUUCCGCGUUCAGACGGCGAAAUUUUAUUAUUCGCGUGUUAAACCGUCUUCGAGCAAAACAUUCGUUUCUGGUUCGGUGUGGUUGCCGUCCGCACGAUUAUGAGUUAAAUGAUUAUAUUUAAUCGUCAGAAAACGGGGAAAAUAAAUCGAUUUCGAUUAGAAAUAAAAACUGACUUGGUCGUCGUGUGUGUUCGUGACGUGUUUUUCUAAAUGUGAUACCGGCCGAAAAACUCUUAACUACUACCUACCGGAACGGUUACGCCAAUCAUGACGUCCCGGUGCCGACUGCAAGUGCUGUGGACACUUUACCUGAUCGUCUAUAACGCAUUUUGCCUCAGACUUACGGAGUUAAAAAUCGAAGAACAUACUCUCGUGGGAAACAGUACAAGACUAGAGUGCAAAUAUGACCUACAGGGUGAAAAAUUGUACACGGUCAAAUGGUACAAAGAUGGGAACGAGUUUUAUAGAUUCCUGCCCGGGGAAUCGCCAGAAAUACAAGUAUUUGAUGUUACGGGAGUACACGUUGAUGAAAAACUGUCUACGGCAGAAAGCGUUGUUCUGAGGCCUCUGGAAUUGGCGAGUAGCGGUAAAUACCGCUGUGAAGUCUCCGCCGAAGCCCCGUCGUUCCAAACAGUUACCAAUCACAGUUCUAUGCUUACAGUUGCCCCUCCCGAUGAAGGACCUCGCAUAUCCGGUGGCCAAGACCGGUACAAACCGGGGGACACUGUUAACGUGAACUGUACUUCCGGGAGAUCGAAACCCGCCGUACAGCUGGCCUGGUAUAUCAAUGGCGAACAGGUAAACUCUUCGUAUUUGCGAGGCCCGUACACGGAUUACGUCGGUCGCGAGGGACUGAUGGUCACCACGUUGGGCCUCAAGUUCGAGGCUGGCAUGCAGCACUUCCGGGCGCCAGGUUCCGGUGGCCACCAGCAACACCGGAACAGGCUCGACCGGGACAUGAAACUCAAGUGUGUGGCCACACUGGGCACGGUGUACUGGAAGUCGAAAGAGCAGAGCGCGCUGGCUCAUCGACCGCGACCUGCCGCUGGACUGCCAUUGCCGGCUGCCGAAGACGGACUAGCAGGCGGCGACGAACAAGACGCCGACUCCCGGGCUGAUCCCGUUCACGCAUCGAGCAACUCGCCUUCCAUAUAUACUGCUCAAUCACUCAACAUCAACGAGAUCGCAGUCUACGUGUCAGCGUCGUUGUUCAUAGUACUUCUACGGUAGCGAUUUACCGCAAUUUAAUUAAUAUCACAGACCUAUGUGAGAAAACGAUACUUUAACAAUAAUAAUAUUUAAAAAAAAUUAGUAAAAAAAAGGAGAAAAUAUGAACAAUUUUAAGUCAUAAGUUAAUUUUAGUUUUUAAAAUGUUAAUACCUAAGACUUUUACUGUGUUUUGAAAAUCAGUCUCCAAAUAUGGAGCAUGUAUAUUGUUUUAUAAUUUAACAUCAUCCUUCAUUUGUUACAUUUCCUUGUAAUCUAUUGUUUACAUUGUAAACUUUGAAAACGAUUUCAAUCAUUGUUAAAUAAUUAUUAUUAUUUACUAUUUUAUUGUAAAAUAUUUUUUAUUGAAUUUUUAUUUAUAUAAAUUGUUUAGUGUUUGAAUAUAUUAUCAUGUACAUAAGCUAAUAAUAUACCAUAUGAGGAUAGAGCGCGGUCCGAUUAUAUCUAUUGAUUCUCGAAAAAAGUCGCCAGCUGUAUAUAUAUUAUAAUACAUAUUUAAAUAUAAUAUUGUUAUAUUAUCAUGAUAAAUAAUAUGCUAGUCACCGCUUGAAAAUAUGCUAACACCCUGUAGUUAAAAUUCUUUAAUAAUAUUAUAUUAUAUUGUAUCUUUGGAAAUAUAAAUCGUGUAAAAUGUA